AUGAUUCGACUUUAUAGUGUAGUUAAAAUUCAUUAUUAUCUCAAAGAUGCCAAAAAUGUCAUCCUUGGGCAUUAUUAUGAAAAAAGUGAGCAGACUGCAUGGAAGAGUGGUAUUAAUAUCAGUUGGGGAAUUGCAGACCGCAAGCCACCUGCUGACUAUCCUUAUGUUACAAAAGUCUUUUCCGUUAUUCCGUUUACCGCAACGAUUAUUGUUAUUAUCGCAGCAGUUAUUGGUAUCUUUCUGGCACUCAUCUUCGCUUUACUAAAUGUCUAUUAUCGUAAUCGAAGGGCUAUCAAGGUUGCAAGUCCCAACAUAAAUUAUACUAUCAUCAUUGGUGCUAUUCUAUGCUAUAUAUCAACCAUCUUACAAGUCAUUUACAUUGAUCCCGUUAAUGAGACUGACUUGAUGUUAUUAAUUUGUCGAGGAAGAAUCUGGUUUCUCGUACUAGGCUUUCUUAUGGUAUUUGGUGCCUUGUUUGCAAAGACUUGGAGAUUGAAAAUGAUAUUUCAGAAUAAGAUUGCUAGAAGCAGAGGAUAUCGCGUCAACAGCCUCGUAGUUUAUUAUAAGAAUAAAUGCGUAACUCAGAAUGUCAUGUUAUGGCAUGUUAUUAUACUAAUUCUUGGAGGAGUUUUGCUACUUUAUGGACUGUCACUAGCUUGGAGAACCCGUAAUAUACCCUUCCACCUAGCUAACGAUUCGAAAUACAUUAUUUUCACAAUUUAUAACGUAACUAUUUUCUCUGGAAUUGCUAUUCUUGUUGGCCAUACUCUUUCAAAUAUUGCCCUGCGAGUCAUCUUGGUGGCAAUAUUAACCAUUAUAGUGACAACAGGAUCGUUAUGUUUAAUAUUUAUACCUAAAGUACCACAAUUUUGCAAAGCCCACCGACAAGCUAACAGUGUAUUAUGCCGAGAAAAUUUUUACGUAAAUAAACCAAGAUCAUUAACGAAUCAUGACAUUCAUAAAGCCAUACUAAGGAAAAUGGAAAUUAAGAUAUCAGAGCUGGAAGAAUCAAUACAAUUUUUUAGAAAGAAAGCAAAGAAAAAGGAAGAAGAAAAUGAAAUGGUUAAAGGACAUUCUGGAGAUUUAUGCAAUCUUUAA